UGUGAGGAAAAUCGCAGAUUGAUAACAAUUUUCACGUGUUUUUGAAUUUUGAAAAUAAUUUCAGAAAUUAUGAUCAAAUCGCGAUGAUUAAUUGAAUUAAUUGAAUAAAUUAUAAUAUUCGACGUCAGAAAGUAGUAGAUACCGAACAACCAUGUCACUUGAUCAAGAUGAAGUCCUUUUAUUCAUUAAAUCCGAAGAUAAACUCAGCAAUCAGGAAAAAUUACUCCAAGAACAAGAAAGACUAGAGAAGAUAGUUCUCGGCAAAAAACGUGGCUUAUUCGACGCUGUAGGUAAAUCAACAUCAGAUAAUGAAGUCGAAGAAGAUCAAGAAACUGACGACAAACCUCAAAUUACUGAUAUCCAAUCUAAAGCAGCCUGGGUCGACGAAGACGACGAUCAAAUCGAAAUCCCUUUCAAAUUGAAAAAAUAUGCUACGUCGCAAUCUGAAGAUAGUUACCAAAACGUACUCCGGAGAAAAUUCAAUCAAACUGUAGGAACUCCGAAAUGGGCUACGAAAAAAGAACCUCAAAAAGCUGACAGUGAUGAUGACGAUAUCGAUGAAACUAGGAGAUGCGGUAAAUUAUUGACUAAAAAAUCACCUACUCUACCGAAAGGUGUAAUAAGAGUGGAAAAGAUGGAAGAUUUGAAUAAAGAAACGAAAAUCGAAGGACCUCUGAUAAACGCUGUCGAAUUCCAUCCUACUUCUACGGUCGCUUUAGUUGCUGGUAUUUCGGGUACAGCUUCGAUAUUUCAAGUUGACGGAGUAAAUAAUAAUAAAUUACAAACCAUCAAGUUUAAAGAUUUUCCUAUAAAUUGUGCUCGAUUUUCAAAAGAUGGCGAACAAUUUUACGUAGGGUCACGAAGCAAACGUUCCUUUUUCUAUUACGAUAUGAUGGAAGGUAAAUCUGUCCAAGUGCCAUUUCAUCAUUCAAUCGGUGCUGUGAAUAUGUCGAAUUUUCAAGUAUCACCGGAUGGUAAAUUUAUCGCCAUAUGUGGUAAAUAUGGAAAUAUUCAUUUACUCGCUGCCAAAACUAAAGAAUGGAUCGGUGAUUUGAAAAUGAAUAAUGAUGCUAUCGACAUUUGUUUUAAUAAUGACGGAUCCACGAUGUACUCUUACGGAGAUAGAGGUGAAAUUUACGAAUGGGACAUGAAAACGAGAUACUGUGUGAAAAAAAUGCAAGACGAAGGAUGCCUGAAAGGUAUCAAAAUGACACUAUCGAGCAAUAAUCAAGUUCUAGCCACCGGAUCAUCUUCCGGUAUCGUUAAUUUAUACGAAAUGCCUACGAAAUCGAAUUACAUCGAACCGAAGAAAGUCGUUAAUAAUUUAGUCACCCCUAUUACAUCUCUACAAUUCAACAGCUCUUCGGAAAUAUUAGCUAUUGCUUCGAAUGAAAAAAAGAACGCAGUGAGACUGGUGCAUUUUCCAAGUAUGACGGUAUUCUCGAAUUUCCCCGGAUUCCAGUCGAAUAUCAGUCUCGCCAGGGUUAUGAGUUUCUCACCGUCGAGUGGAUUUUUCGCUAUUGGAAAUGAUCAACGGAAAGUGCUACUGUACAGGUUGAAACAUUAUAAAAAUUACUGAACCACGAUUCAAAUAUCCAGCAGUGAGGAAAUAUCUUUCUACGAUUUCAUUUUUUAUGUUCUAUGAUUUUUUUUUUCAUGUAAAAAAAUUUUAUUGUUAGAAAAAAAUAAACAAAAAGAGAUUAUUAAACAAAA